ACCGUUGACUAAUAGCUUAAGUUCCGUAUACUGUACAGUGCAUUUGUUGUCUUUAUAUGGAAUAUUUGAACAUGGGAAAACAUUUACAGGACUUGUUGUGUUCAGUAACCCCCUGGUGUCCAUUCCAGACACUAAAGUGGUGGCCUCUCUCCACUCAGAUGUGCUCAUCUCCUGCUUCUUCACUUUGACGGACAGUAAACAUGGGCUGACCGACACCAAUAUAACCUGGAGACACAAUGGACGUGAGCUGAUUCGGUACAUGGAUAAGGAAAAGAUACCACCAGGUAGGGUGAUGAUGUUUGAAAGUGAACUUCAGAAAGGGAAUGCCUCAUUGAACAUCAGGAAUGUGACCACUGAAGAUGAGGGACACUACGAGUGUGACGUUUAUGAGGGCCCACUGAGGGACAAAGACAUCGUUCAGCUUAAUGUGAUAGCUACUCCUAAAGUCCUCUUGAACACCCCACUGGCUCUGACGAAUCAGCUGAAUGUACUGACCUGCCAAGUCGAGGGUUUCUACCCGAGUGAUAUCUCCAUAGAAUGGUGGAAAAACUUGACGUCUCUUCCUUCUCAGGAGCCUCUGCAGCUGCAAAACAAUCAAGACGGCACCUUCAGUGCACUCAGUCACUAUAAUUACACACCGAUAAGUGAAGAUGCUGGCACAGAAAUGUACUGCCUGGUAAAGCACAGGUCUCUGAAGGAGGGACAGGAGGAGGCCAGACUCCAUAUCUGUGAGCCAAGCUUAAAAGUGUUACCCGAAAGUAAAGAGCAAAAAGUCCUGUGCAAGCUCGACGGCUGCUUCUUCCAAAAGGCGUUUGUGAGAAUAAACAAAAAUGGAGGACGUGUUAACAAAUCUGAGUGUGAGAAGGUGGAUGAGUGUUUGAGCAAAGCGACAAUAAUAGCAACCUCUGGGGAAGAAGUGAAUAUCACCUGUGAAGCUGAAGUGGCGGGACUCGACAAGCUGCUGAUUGAAAACUACACACUACCUUCUAAAGAUAGAUCCAGGAUUCCUGUAGCUGCUGCUUUUGGCCUCUUCACUAUAAUUGCACUGCUGGUAGCUUAUAUAAGACAGAAGUGAUCCUGAUGGUCACGAUGAGAAGUGUCUUCACUGGAUGUCAUGGAACAAAGUGCUGCUUGAUGAUUGAAAAUCUUAUUGAUGUUGACAUGUAAUGUAUACUGUUAAAGGAAAGUCACUUUGGCCUCUCCUGAAGUGACGUGCCCAGCCCACCACACUGGCCAUCACAGAGUUAUGAAGGAUGUCAAUACCAACAUUGAAGGAAUGCAGUCAACCUAAGGAAGAACUGCCUGCACUGUCCUUUCUUUUAUAUCUCUUCUGUGUUACCAGACCAGUCCAGCCUGUCAUUGAUGUAGACCCCCAUGUACUUGCAUGGGUGGACCACCUCCACAUCCACUCCUUAAGUAGUGACCAGAUGUAAGAUCUUUGCAGGUGGCAAUUAAUUUCAAUCAGUAUCAAUGCUCUGCAUCAAAAUCCUCCCAUGCAAAAAGAAAUUGGUGUCCUGUAUUGAUUUGGGUGUGCUGAAUCCAUUUCUGAAAUUGGAAUUUCUUUACCACAAACAUUUUUUGUGAGAUAUCAGAUUCAAUGAAAAACAGAGUUUAAAAAAAAAACACUUAAGUGCAAGCAAAAGACAGAACCACAAUAAAGAGUUGGGGUACCAGCCUGGUUAGCCCUUAUAACUGAAUGAUUUGAAAAACAGAAUUGCAGAGAUGUCUUCACAAUUGCAAGAUCAUAAGUGAAUUGUCUCAAGAUCUUCUGAUCCUUCUGGCACGUCCAUCUGGAAGUGGCCUCAGUGAUGUAAAGGCUGUCCGUGUGAGGAAGAGAAAAGGCAUUAGGACACAGCGCCAACCCCUGGAGCGGGAGGGAAUUACAACCACUAAAGCCCUUAAGCUAGGGGUGCCCAACUCCGGUCCU